GAGACUACCGACCAGCCUUGUCUGCGGGACAACAAAGGAGGCGCCGGACUCGCAUCACGACUCCUGUCAGCAGAACUCAACAUCUGAGGAGAAAUCCUGAAUAUUCCCUAAAUCUUUGGCUUCUUCACAUUUUGGCCAAAUUUGCCGUUUGACUGGACGAAAUGGAGGAACAUUUUGACGAGAGGGAAAAAGUUCAGCGCAACAGCCGGAGCAGCGCUCGAGCGAACGGGCUGAUGAGUCCCACCCACAGCGCCCACUGCAGCCUGUAUCGGACGCGCACCCUCAAGACUCUUAGCUCGGAGAAGAAGGCGAAAAAAGUGCGUUUUUACCGCAAUGGUGACCGGUACUUCAACGGCAUCGUGUAUGCCAUCUCUUCGGACCGGAUUAGAACCUUUGACGCUUUGUUGGCCGACCUGACCCGCACUCUUUCUGACAAUGUCAACCUGCCUCAAGGGGUCCGAAUCAUCUACGCAAUUGAUGGAUCCAAGAAAAUCACCAGUAUAGACCAGCUGGUGGAAGGUGAGAGUUAUGUUUGUGGCUCCACCGAAGCCUUUAAGAAACUCGACUACACCAGCAAUGUCAACCCUAACUGGUCAGUGAAUGUCAGGGCCCUGGGCUCCAGCAAGUGCCCCACUUCUCUGGCCAGCUCCAAAUCAGGGCCACAGUUCAAUGAGAGCAAGGAAUUCGUCAGACCCAAACUGGUCACCGUCAUCCGCAGUGGAGUGAAGCCUCGGAAGGCAGUUCGCAUCCUGCUCAACAAGAAGACUGCCCACUCCUAUGAGCAAGUUCUUACUGACAUUACAGAUGCUAUAAAGCUCGACUCUGGGGUUGUCAAGAGGAUCUACACCCUUGAGGGAAAACAGGUCAUGUGCCUUCAAGAUUUCUUCGGCGAUGAGGACAUCUUCAUUGCAUGUGGCCCAGAGAAGUUCCGCUACCAGGAUGACUUCCUGUUGGAUGAGCAUGAGUGCAGAGUGGUGAAAUCAACCUCCUACGGGAAGAUGGGGUCUGGAAACAGAAGCUCUCCCAGAAGUGUUGCCCUUUCCCACCGCAGCAAGUCUCCAUCUGGAUCAGUGAAUGGGACUCCAGCCAGUCAGCUGUCCACAUCCCAUUCCGCAAAGUCACCCAGCCCGUUGCCCACCAGUCCAGGGAGCUUGAAGAAACGCAAGGAAAUGGACAAGGCCGUCCUUGACCUCACAGCAUAACUUCCCUACUUCCUCAAAGUGGUGCUAAGAUCCACAGACAAUUCCAGAAUUCUUUGUGAGAGAGAAUGGUGCCAGCCCGCCCAGGCCAACAGUAGUACAGACUUUUAAGAUGCAUUUCUCUCUCUUUGACAUGAUUCUUCAUCAGAGUUGAGUCUGAAAGUCCAGUAGAGUUGUCCAUGGAGAAAAAUUUCUGCCUGUAGUAGAAAAGCAUUAAUGAAGUAAUAUUUGGUCUGAAUGGUAGAGAAAAUGUAUAAAACACGCUGAAGGAGCAUGCAACUCACCAGGAACUCCCCCCAACCCAUUAUUAGGGCCGUAACGUCCACAGAUAUUGAGGGGGCACGUCCCCACCAAUAUUCAGGGAAGUGGUCAAUCAAAAUGAACUUUUUACUAUGAUGCCCUCAAUUAUGAAUAUUUGGUUACAUCCUUCUCUGUUGGUUUUAGAGGUCAGUUUGUACAUGAGGUGGUUGUGUGCAUGUGACCAGAUCAAAGUGUUUCUAAUCCUGCGGCUGGGACUAAUGCAAAGAGGUUUAAUGCAGUAGAGGCUUCUCUAUCCAAAUUCAGAGUUUCUUGAAGUUUUUAAUAUGAGCCUUAAGCCCCAUAGUGAUUACUCCGGCUAUCUUCCAUUUCUCUCUUCCUCUUUCUUUCUCUUUCCUGAGUCCUCCUUGACUUAAACAAAUACACCACAACAUACAAUCAGUGUGGAUAUUGCAUUCCAAUCCAAAUGCUGAGCUUGACUUUCGAGGCAAUUCAGAUAAAGUUGUGGGCAGCUAAAGUGCUGUUUUAAAGCCAGUGAAAUCACAUGCCGAUAUUAACCCAUUAUAGAUUAAUCAGAAACUGUUGGGCACCACCAAACUGCAGUUUUACUCUGACCUAAAAUGAGAUAAUAUUGCAGUCUCAUAAGCAAGAAUUAGCAUUUAUGCAUUUGGCAGAUGCUUUUAUCCAAACUUUAUAGAUUCCCUGGGAAUCAAAUCUAUGACCUUGGUGUUGAAAGUGCAUUGCUCUCCCAGUUAAGCUACAUGAAUGCUGUAUGUUACAGCAAAUGUCCAACAUGUUCUCACAGCUUUCAUAGUUUCUUUCCUUAUUGCUUUUUAUAUAUAUAUAUAUGUAUAUAUAUUUUAGUUUAGAUACAUUCUAAAUAGUUUCAGAUUGCAUUAGAAGUUGUUAAGUUGCUCUAAAUUUCCUCUUGUGGAAGAGGCUGACUUUUAAUGACUCUAAAACCAGUUCAGUUGACAUGCUGGCUGAGAGAUAGAAACGCUGAGCACUUUGUCUUCGCCCUCCACCCACCAGGAAAGACUCUCAGAUUUCUUUCAUACUUUUCAGUUAUCUCAUGCAGCUGCCUGAACGCUUGAAGUUGGAUGAUCUCUCAGUGGUUUGAUUCUGAUAGCUUUGCUCUCGGCUCUUUGCUGUUGCAGAAUGAGAAUUUGGGACAGUCAGAUCUGGCCAAAGCAGAGACGCUUCUCAGUGUCUUUUACAACCAUCUUCAGCAAAAGUGGGUCAUGCUUUGAAACCUCCCCAGUGGAGUUCUGUGAAUGAAGAAGGAAGGCAAAUCCAUUUACAUAAAUAUGAUACAAAUGCAAAAGAACUGAAUGUUCUCUCAAAAUGUCUGCAGAGAAGCAGGCACAUACUUUAUCCAGCUUAUGAAUUAACAUGAGACUCCAAAUGUCAUUAUUAUGUUGUUAUUGCCAUUUUGUGUCUUGCCUUGUCAAUUAGUUUUCCUUUUUUCGUGUAUUGCUGAUUUAAUGUUGCAGUAAGGUUAUUUCAUAAAUUGUAAUGUAUAUUUGAGCUAGUUUGAAUACAGCAGUACUCUGCUUGCAAUGUCAUAUAUAAAGUCCAAAGCUCAUCUUGCAUAAUCUUUUAUAAAACACCUCUGAUGUAAAGAUACUCCAGAUAUAUCUCUUUAUAUAGUUUAUGUUACAGAUUUAAAUUGCAUUUCUGCAUUCACACACACACACAAAAAAAAAAAACAGAAUGAUUUAAACACUAAUUGUUAUUUCUGAUUUAUUAUUAAUUAGCUUUACUGCUCAAGCCCGGGCUGUGAAUUGUAUUCAUACGUGUUCAAUGCAUAACCCACUUUUAGAAAUGAGCUGCAUGAGUGGAGGCUCUAUACUGGCAGUGUGUGUGUGCGUGCAGCCUCUGUGUCCUGAGGCAUAUCCCCUUUCUCUGUCCAUAAACCCUCCGCACCUCUGGGACUGAAUAUGGAACACAUACACAUUUUAUGUUAUGGUGACAAAUACAUUUUUAAUCCGUGUAAACAGGGCCACUAAACAUCUAAUAUGGAAAUGUUAAGACCUGCCACAAAGCACAAUCCAUCUUAAUCUGGCUAAACACUUCAUUCUGAGCCAGAAAUGAGGUUGCAAUGUCAUUUGAUUGAGGAGAGAUCUUCCUUUUUGUUAUUUGAUAUACUGUAUUUGUAAGCUUUUAUUUUUGCUUGGCUAAACAGGUAUGGCGUGCUUUUGUGUGUUGUUUAACAUGAAAAGUGAGGUGAUCACUUACUUUCAACAUCAUGCCUGUCUCUAUUCAUAAACACACUGUUCAUCAUUUCCAACAAAUUACGCCCCCUCAAACUGUCUGUUGGGUUGCAUGCUCUUCAUAUUUUCCUUUGGGUUUUUCACACCUGUAUUUUUUUCCUUUUUUGUGGGCUUUUAUGACAUUGUGAGUGUAUGUGUGCAUGUGUGUCAUUCAUUUCAUGAGCGUUGAUUUCAAAAUGAGUGUUAUCAUUGCACAUGGGUGUUUAAAUGAAAGUUGGAUUUGUUGUUUUUAAUACAUUUGCAAUCCUUGUGUUUGCAUAUACUGUAUACCUUCUAGCAUGUAUUUGUGUUUCUGUGUUUCUCCAUCAUGAGCAAAAUCAUGAUAGUUUACCAAAAAAAUCAUUUAUUCACUCUCAUGUGGUCGAAACUCAUUUAAUGAUCUCUCUUCCAUAAAACAUAAAGAGUAAUUUUGCAGAAUGUUACCGCAGCAUUUGUGUAUACAAUGAAAGUGAAUGGGGGCUGGGGCUGGCAAACUCCAAAAAACAAAAAAAAAAAAACAAAAGUAAAAGUAAUCUGUAUGACUCAUGUCCUGUAUUUGAAGACUUUUAAAGCCAUAUGAUAGAUUUAUGUGGAGAAAAGAUCGAAAUUCGUUAUUCGCUUAAAAUAUUCCUCUUUGUAGGUCUCAAUCCUCAUUCGCGUUCAUGUUUCUACAAAUACUGUGUAGCAUGCCAAGUCAUUGGUUCUUGCAAAGACAUAAAAACUGGUGAGGGUUAGUAAAUGAUGAAAAACUUGACAUAUUUAGGUACACUUUUCAUUAAAGAUGUGAAAAGUUAAGUGCUCACAUAAUUAUUAGGAACUGUUUUCAUCUGCCUAUCCCAUUGAAAGAUUCUCUCUCUCUUUACAUUUUCAGUGUCCUCUUGUGUUAUGCUCUUGCGUUUUAAUGAUUUCACCUUUUUGUUUUUGACUUCGGUCAGUUACAUUGACCUGUAUUUCUUCUAUGUUUUGAAUCCAUUAUGUCAGUCAUAACUAGUUUUAACUAGUUUUGUUUUAUAUUCAAAAUAAUUUUUUGAAUGUAUUUUGCAUUUAGGGUGAGAAGAGAUCAUGCCAUUAUCUUGUCAUUAUUUUUAUAUGUUGUCUGUCUAGAAUUUUGUUCAUUUUCCAGUUAAAACCACAACAGCAUGCCAUGAAUCCAUUCCAUCAUAUGUAUGAUUGAGGAUGCUAAAUACAUUAAAUUGUA